CUGCUGCGGUUGUGUUUGUAGGGCGGGUCCCAGUCGCCUCCCCUUUCGUCUCUUCCUCUGACCCUUCCCUUCCUUCCCUUCCCUUGGUUGAUGGCGCCACCGCGUGCCGCCGCCAGCGGGUCAAUUCCUCCCGAUCCUGACGCAGCAGAGUCGGAGGGCAAGCUGCGGCAAGGUGGAGCAGACGCGAUGUGGCUCCAAACCCUCUCCGAGCCCGAGCUCGUAAGGCAACCCCACCGCACCACCGCUCUUGUGAAUUUCUGAUGGAUUCUCGCCCGGUUGCAGCAGCAGAUGUGUUGGUGAGCCUGAGGGAGCUGGCCGUCACGCGGGCCACCAACGCCGGCCAUCCUGCCCUCGCCGAUACCGUCUUCCAUCUCCGCGCGCUGCGGGCUCUCGGGAUUGUUUUGGUGGAAGAGUUGAAAGAGCGGCUCAGGCAAAGCUCAGCUAAUGCAAACGUCUUGGACAGGCUUGCGUUGCUAAGUGAUCCUGAGGCUGAGGUGGUCAGGCCCAGCCAAGAUCGUCAGAUGCCAGUGCCGAAUGGUAUCCACAAGAAACGAAAGAAGCAGGUGCAGGAUGGGUGGGAUGGAGAGGGCGCCCCAAGUACGAAGAGACGAAAACCAAGAGAGGAGUAACCAAGUAGAAGCAGCAAACUUUCUUACCGUAGCAGUUGUUUUGACCAAUAGGUCGGUCUUGUUUACGCCUUGUUUAGUUCUGAAAAGUGAAAAGUUUUCGGUACUGUAGCAUUUUCGUUUGUUUGUGACAAAUAUUAUCCAAUCAUAGACUAACUAGGAUCAAAAGAUUCGUCUCGUGAUUUACAACUAAACUGUGUAAUUAGUUUUUAUUUUCGUCUAUAUUUAAUGUUUCAUGCAUGUGCCACAAGAUUCGAUGUGACGAAGAAUUUUGAAAACUUUUUGGUUUUCAGAGUGAACUAAACAAGGC